AUGUGUAAAAAAACACCAUGCUUUUCAAUCUCUACUAAAUACAGUGCUGCAAAACAAGAAAAACAAGACAAACAUGUUAAUGAAGAAAUUCCCUUUUAUAUGCAAGCGAUUGUCGGAGAGAUCUUGAACUAUCUCUCCCUAAUUUUUUGGUAUUGUAAUCAUUCCAUAAAUCCAAAAAGCAAUAGGUUUAAAGCUCUUCCGUGUUUGAAUCAUCAAAGAAGAGUGAUUCCAGAUCAAACUGGUCAAUUACGUCAAAUAUAUGCAGAGAUUAAGGUCAAGGCCUUAAAUUUUGUCAUUGACACUUCGCUAACAGCUUACCAACUUUUAUACAAGCGCAUACUUCACAUGCAUGAGUCUUGGAAAGACCUCGAGGAUGACUUGAGCACAUCAACUGCUAGUUUUUCAUUAACAUCCCUCACUACAACAGAAGAUAUGUCUAUUCAUAAAUCGAGCUCUAAAUUUGGAGUUUUGAUACUGCUCGUCCUUCUCAGCAAACCAGAGAAUUAUAGCAAUACUGCGAUACUAUCAAAUAUUUAUUUAACUAACACCUGA